AUGCAUAUCGAAGCGACGUCAUCGUCACCAGCCGGGCCCUCCUCCACCAAGUCAUACGAUGUCUUCCUCUGCCACGGCUCCAACGACAAGGGGCUCAUGCUCUCGCUCCGCGACAAGCUCGUUGCCCUCGGUCUGCGCGUCUUUCUCGACGUCAAGUCGCUCGACGCCAUGAUUGUCCAAGAUCCCGCAGACUGCGCCCGGCUUGCCCGUGACUCACACGUUGUGGUCGUCGUCGUCUCAAAGUACUCAAUCGUCACACGGUGGGCCAUCGCAGAGGCCGACGCAGCCCUCGCUGAUCCGACUUGCAAGCUCUCGCUCGAGACCGUCUCGUCGCCGGCAUGGCGUGACGGCCCGCGGGAUGCCAGCCACCCUCUACUGGCGUACAUGGCGGCGGCUUUCCCGCCGCAGAUCCCGAACAACCCCGUGAAGGACCUGGUUGCUGCUGUGCGCAAAGAUGCUUCGUCUAAGGCUUUCAUUCCAUCGAGAGCCGUGGACCCUGUCACGCAUCGUGGUGCUGAGCGCUUUCGCUUUGAUGGCUCGUACGAAAACGUCAUCAACAUCGGUGGCUCACUGGUUGCUGGUGGAUGUGGGAAGAAUGUGGACGUACUUGACGUGCUAACUGGUGAACGCGUGGAGGUGCUGGAGGGCCACACCGACUGUGUGAAUGGUGUUCUUGCGCUGCCGAGUGCGGAUGGCCAGCAGCCUGUCCUGGUCUCGUGGUCGAGAGACAACACGAUCCGGGUGUGGCAUGCUGCGGACGACGGGACGGGCGCCAUGCGGUACACCGCGAACAGGGACUCCUGUGAGGUGCUGGAGGGCCACACCUACGGUGUGGAGGGUGUGAUUGCGCUGCCGAGUGCGGACAGCCAGCUGCCUGUCCUGGUCUCGUGGUCGUUCGACGGGACGAUCCGGGUGUGGCAUCCUGCGGACGACGGGACGGGCGCCAUGCGGUACACCGCGAACAGUGCCUCCUGUAAGGUGCUGAAGGGCCACACCAGCUGGGUGAAUGGUGUGAUUGCGCUGCCGAGUGCGGAUGGCCAGCUGCCUCUCCUGGUCUCGUGGUCGGCCGACAACACGAUCCGGGUGUGGCCUGCGGACGACGGAACGGGCGCCAUGCGGUACACCGCGAACAGUGCCUCCUGUGAGGUGCUGGAUGGCCACACCAAGUGUGUGCAGGGUGUGAUUGCGCAGCUGCCUGUCCUGGUCUCGUGGUCAGAGGACAAGACGGUCCGGGUGUGGCAUGCUGCGGACGACGGGACGGGCGCCAUGCGGUACACCGCGGACAGUGCCUUCUGUGAGGUGCUGGAGGGCCACACCUACGGUGCGCAGGGUGUGAUUGCGCUGCCGAGUGCACAUGGCCAGCUGCCUGUCCUGGUCUCGUGGUCGUUCGACGGGACGAUCCGGGUGUGGCAUCCUGCGGACGACGGGACGGGCGCCAUGCGGUACACCGCGGACAGUGCCUCCUGUGAGGUGCUGGAGGGCCACACCAGCGGUGUGAAUGGUGUGAUUGCGCUGCCGAGUGCGGAUGGCCAGCAGCCUGUCCUGGUCUCGUGGUCGGACGACAAGACGAUCCGGAUGUGGCAUGCUGCGGACGACGGAACGGGCGCCAUGCGGUACACCGCGGACAGUGCCUCCUGUGAGGUGCUGGAGGGCCACACCAGCGGUGUGAAUGGUGUGAUUGCGCUGCCGAGUGCGGAUGGCCAGCUGCCUCUCCUGGUCUCGUGGUCGGCCGACAACACGAUCCGGGUGUGGCCUGCGGACGACGGGACGGGCGCCAUGCGGUACACCGCGAACAGUGCCUCCUGUAAGGUGCUGAAGGGCCACACCAGCCUUGUGCGGGGUGUGAUUGCGCUGCCGAGUGCGAAUGGCCAGCUGCCCGUCCUGGUCUCGUGGUCGGGGGACAACACGAUCCGGGUGUGGCAUGCUGCGGACGACAGGACAGACGCCAUGCGGUACACCGCGGACAGUGCCUCCUGUGAGGUGCUGGAGGGCCGCACCGGCAAUGUGAAGGGUGUGAUUGCGCUGCCGAGUGCGGACAGCCAGCUGCCUGUCCUGGUCUCGUGGUCGGGGGACGAGACGAUCCGGGUGUGGCAUGCUGCGGACGACGGGACGGGCGCCAUGCGGUACACCGCGAACAGGGACUCCUGUGAGGUGCUGGAGGGCCACACCUACGGUGUGCGGGAUGUGAUUGCGCUGCCGAGUGCGCAUGGCCAGCUGCCUGUCCUGGUCUCGUGGUCGUGGGACAACACGAUCCGGGUGUGGCAUGCUGCGGACGACGGGACGGGCGCCAUUCGAUACACCGCGCACAGGGACUCCUGUGAGGUGCUGGAUGGCCACACCAAGUCGCUAUUCGCCGCGACAACUGUCGCCGUCUCCGUCCGCCCUCUCCGCCUCGGCCUUGUCGAGCACGUGGUCGGCCUCAAAAUUGCCUCGGACGGCGGCACGCAAGUCGCUGACGACCACCACGCGGACGCGACCACCAUGCUCGAUGGCUCGGCAGACCUGCCACCAAAGCUGCUGGAGCUUGUGGAUCAUGGCGCAAGUCUCGAUGGCCAUGUGGUUCUCUUCUGCCAGGACCACUGCGACGAGGACGUAGGCAAACUCGCGGUGGUGGUCGACAACGCCAUCAACAACGCCAUCGCCGCCGGGGACGAGCAUGGCCUCCACCUCGGUGCAUGGGUCGUCGAUGUCGGCGCAGAAUUCCGCGCGGAGUUCCCUCCCACGUCCGAUGAUGACUCUGAGGAUGACAUCAACAGCGCCGUCGAUGACGAUGAUGAGCGCUUUGUGUGGGAGGCGAGCGCCUCCCGCCCGUCCUUCACCGCACAACGGGUGGACCGUCUUGGGGCUGUAGGCUCGUCCUCUGUCUCAUUUUACGCCGAUGGCGAGCUCCUUGCCCGCCAUCGCCACCGCCAGUUUGGCCCGCUUGACGCUGGCGAUCUUGCUGCCUGGAUGGCCAAGCAGAUUGUCCCGCCGGUUGCCAUCGCCGACUCGGUGGAUGCUGUCCACGCCCUCACCGACACCGUGCUCGACACCGGUCACGAUGCCCUCGUUGCCCUCCUCAUCCUCGGCGAUGCCCAGCUCGAAGCCCACCGUCCUCUCCUCACCCAUCGCCACCACGCCCAUCCUGACGCAGACACCGCACCCACUUCCGCCGCCGCUUUCAUCCACGCCGCAUCGCUUCUCCGCCACGAGGCCACCUUUGCCGCCGUGCCCAUGACAGUCGCCCGCGCCGUCGCCGACGGCGCCGCCUCUGCAUACGAUGCCAAGCCACAUCGGAUCCUGCUCGAAGGCGUGGCUGACAAGUGCGCCAUCGAGUCGGCGGGACACGCCCUCGCCGGCUGCAUCGUGGCGGUGACCAACCAUGCCGAGGGCGGGCGUGACGAACGCUACCCGCACCUCGAGGUCUACCACGACGAUCCGACAACAUCGCCGGGUGCCCUGCGUGCCUUCUUUGAGCGCCAGCUUCAUCCGCUCGUGGCUGUGCUCACGCCGGCCAACGUCGCCCACUACGAGGCUAUGCAGCUACCGGUCGUCUACGUCUUUGUUCCGCGCCUCGAGUCGGACAACGACGAUGAUCGCGCGCGCGUCGCUCGCCUCCGCGAUCUUCUACUGCCCAUUGCCAACAGCUACCGCCAUCAGCUCCGCUUCGGCCUCCAGGACGCGGCUACCUACGUCGCCCAUGCCCGCCAUCUCGGCCUUGCCACAGACGGCGCCUGGCCCGCCCUCGCCAUCGAAGACCAUCCGCUGCACUAUGCCUACCACCUUCGCGGCGAACGCCUCCCCUCCUCCAGCCCGCUCAAGCUCAAGCGCUUCUUGGCCUCCUUCUUGGCCGGCAAGCUUGAGCCGACCCUGGUCUCCGAGCCGGUGCCCAGCUCGGCUGCCGCCCGCGGCAAGGCCACCCGCCUCGUCGGAUCUACCUUUGAGCGUGCUGUGCUGACGGCGAGCAAACCGACUCUGGUCAUGCUCUACGCCCCAUGGUGUGGCCACUCGCAGCGGCUGCUUCCGGUCUUGGAUGACCUCGCCGCCCUCUACCAUGGCGCCGCCUCGCCGCCUCGCGUAGCCGACGAGCACAUCCACCUCCUCCGCGACGCCUACGGCUCGCGCGAGGUCAAUGUCGCCAUCAUGGACUUUACCCGCAACGACGUGCCCGGCAAGCGUGGCAACCGCAUCAUCCGCGCCUUUCCCACCAUUCUCCUCUACUCGCCGUCCCAUCACGACGAACCAGCCGUCUUUGGCGGCGACGCCCGCGACGACCUCGUCUCAAUCCUCCGCUGGCUCCGGCGCACCCUCCGUCGCAGCGACUUUGAGACGGACAGCGUUUCGACCAGGGUUCGCAUCUGUGGCACCGGCAAAGCGUGGACCUACCGCUCGCUGAGUCUGCCUGGGACGUCCAUGGCGGGUGCUCCCUUCAUCACUACCCUGAGCGACCGUUACAUCAUUGGUGAUCUCGACAAGCUCAUCGCCUCGGAUACAAACGGUACCCUAAAGCAGAAGCCCGACGUCAUGUUCUGCCACGACGUCGAUGACAACAACCAGGAUGACGACCUCAACGCCGAUUGCUACACUGACAAGGACCCCGACGAUGACUGCUCCAUCGAAAACCUCCAGGACCACGUGGACACAUGGAUUCGCGACGACAACCAUGCUACCUCUUCCCACUACACCAAGUUUGAUUUUUGCUGCCGCCGGGCGCAGACUGUUGCAGACCUCGAGUCGACCCCCUCGCCCAACUUCUACGUGCCCUCCAAGAGCUACGAUGGUGGCGUCAUGCUUGACCCAGAUCCGGACAUGGACUGGCGCGACGGCUAUGAGCCGACCGACCCUAGCGACUGGGAUGGCAUGACGGGCUCAUCGCCCGAGUUGGCCCUGCAGCGGGUCAAAGCCACUAGCUUUGGCUCCAAGUUUGACGACAAGGCCUUCUGCUAUCAUCCCUACGAGGUCUUUGAGCUCAACAAUAUCGUGAGAGGCGAUUGCGCCAGUGGAUACAAAAAGGUCGAGCUGGUGAUUGAAGACAUGAGGAAUGGCAUGGUCAUCUACUAUCCGCACACAGAGGGGCCCCAGGACAUCCCCGUUGCCCGCUUCCACGACGAGGACUUUGUCUUUACCCUCUGCUGUGCCGAGGACGGAUUCGACUGUGGGAGCAGUGCCGACUGCAACGGCAAUGGAAAGUGCUCGCUCGAGACUGCCUCCUGUGAAUGCAACUCGGACGACCACACCUACCCGCACUGCGGUGGCUGGUGCGGCGAUGGUGUUGUGCAAGACGACUUUGAGCAGUGUGACGACGAGUUGGAUCCAGAGUGCGAUAUGCGGACGUGCCGUGGCAAAACGCGGCCGUCCGACAUCUCCUUCUCCAAUACCGCCUACAACGGCUUUACCGCAACCUUUUCCACCUCUGCCUUUGGUUGGGCUGUGCCCGAGACCGGCGAGUGGCAGCGUUCGGCGCCGGCGACGGUGACCACCAACUGCAACUGUCCGGGACGGCCCUCGACAACUCCGCAGAACUUUGCCGUCACCCAAAAGGGCACCGAAGUCUUCUUCGCAUGGAACGAUGCCACAGCGUGUGAGGAUCGCUUCACUGUCCAUCGCCGCCUCAUGUCCGACCCGCAGCCCUCCAUCAUCGCCUCCUACUCGCUCCCGGCCAAGGACGCUUGCUCCACCGAGCCGCUCGCCCCGACCUCGGACGCCGACAACGUAGCCAAUCUUAUCCUCGGCUCGACUUACGAGUACUCGAUCGAGGCCAAGGACUCUAUCUCCGGCUUCACCUCUGCGCGCGCCACCGCCGAGCUCAAUGUCGACUGGGUUGCCACCAUCAUGAUCAGCGUCCUCUCCACCUCGGGCACUGGCAUCGUUGGCACUUCGGUCGUUGUCACCUACCCUGGCUCGGCUGUCCCACUGGCCAUGGCCGUCACCGACCGCUCUGGUGCCGCCCAGCUAGCCAUUCAGAUCCCCAACGAGCCCAACGCCGCCAUCGAGCUCAUGGUCCAUGCAUCCAAGACAACGGCAGGCAAUGUCCACACCUACAAGUGUGCCGGUGGCAGCCCGUGCAACAGCACGCUUGUCUCGGUCACACACCUCGGCACGGCCCAAGCCCAGUUCAUGGAUGUCUCGGUCGUCUCGGUCGCCGGAUUGCUCACAGUCGCCUCCACUGCCGAGUACACUGAGGACGCGCGCCCGUGUCCUGUCGCCGAUCCGCGAGCCUACAUCUGCUCCUAUCAUGCAGUCACCUUUGAGCGCCUCGAGUGCACCCGCCCAGACGCGGCCGGUGCCUACGCCCUCACCUUCCCAGUCGGCAUCUCGGUCCAUGUCAUGGCGUCGUGGCAACUGAAGAACGUCGAUACGACAGAGAAGCCCAACUUUGAGUUUGCGCCGGCCAUCGGCAAGUCGGCGCACAAGAUGACCCCGCUCCCGCUCGCAUCGGCGUACACUGGCCACGGCUCUAUCGAGUCGAUCACUGUGCUUGGUGCGUCGUCAACGCGCGGGAGUUCGCCAAAGACCUCGCUCCCGCUGCCGUCUUUCCUCCUCGCGGCCUCGAUCGAGCACUACGAGGGUGUCGACUUUGAGGACCAGACCGCGGUUGAGCUCUCUGUCGAAGUCGCCGGCGGUAAGUGCAACUUCCCGAUCGGGCCGGGCGUCGUCCGCCUCAUCGCUGCUACGUGUCCCAAGUACAUCCGCCGCGUCGUUGCCGGCUCGUCGUCCUCGUACAUCUCGACCUUUGCGCUUCCGGCCAUGCUCUUUGAUGCCACUUUUGAGGACAUCGACGCCAUGCAGCCGCAUCUCUGGGUCCCGGGCAUCUCGGUCGGUCAGGUCGGCACCUACUUCCGCGCCGUCCUUGAGGACCGCGUCGAAGCCGAUCUCCGCUCCGGCUCGAGCACCGCCCGCUACGAGUUCCACGUUCCGCCCCAGAUCUCGAUGAAGGGCAUCUCGUUUUCCUCAUCGUCGUGCGGGUACGCUGUGCUCCCGUUGGAAUCCAUCAACUACGUGGCGUUGGUCUUCGAAGAGCAUUUCACAGACCACAUGCUCUGCCGCGACUUUCCCAUCACCUCGCCCAACCUGGUGGCCGAGUCCCGGGACGAGAAGCCGCGAGUUGCGGCGACGAUCAGAGUCUAUGACACUGUCUCGACCCAGGUCCUUACCGACGGCUCGGUCUAUCCGUGCGCCACCGAUGCUGGCUGCGAAGUCCCGCUGCAGCACGGGUGGCCGGCACACGCCAUUCUCGGCGGAGUGGACAACGUGACGUUUUUGUCAUGGCCCAUUGCAGUGGCAGGUGAGCUGGCCCGCCCAGGUGGCUUCCUGAUGCGGAUGCCAACCGAGGUGGUGACGUCCAAGUUGUACGAUCCGCCUGGCGGUCUUUCGACCUCGUAUGUCGAGAACGGCAAAUCUGUGGAGACCACGUUCGAGUACGCAACAGGUGGAGAGUUUACCCGCGAACAGUCUAUGACCCUCGGCCAUGGCGUCAAAAUCAAGAAUACGGCGUGCGUCGGUGCGCCUGGGGCCACGACUUGCACCGACACAGUCGACACAACGAUAGCGCUCGAGCACACCGCGGAGAUGGCGUUCACGCUCGGCUCGGACACGUCGCAGACCGAAGGGACGAUGACGAUGAAGUCGGACAAGAUGACCACGUCAGACGAUCCAGCCUUUAUCGCUGUUGACGACGGCGCGGGCAACACCAUCCACUACCCGGACCUGCUGGUCAUGCCAGCACUGACGGUCAAGUUUACUCCGACGGACAAGGUCGCCUUUGACGCCGAUGCAGCCAACAGCGGCAGCUGCGAGUCAGAGCAUCGCAAUGAUGGCCUCUCCAAGACAACGAGCAUUCAGUGGGCACCCGAGCCGACCUCAGUCCUUCUCUACCACACCAUCUAUGACGCAGUCACUGGCGUUCUGCCCGAGCUCCACAUGCUGCUCAUGCUGGAGCACAAGAACCCAAAGUCUGAUCCUGUACAGAUCGACAGGCUGACAAAGUCGAUACAUGCGUGGAACCUCAUCCUCCUUGCGCACAACCUCGACUACGAGAUUGCACAGCCGAUUGAGCUGGGUGACGCCUCCGAGCUGGUUUUCUCAGGCGGCGGGUACACCAUCGAGAGGACCUCGGUGGAGGAGGUGUCCGACGGUGAUACAUACGACUUUUCGUUCUACAUGGACACUGCCGUGCAGAGCGAGGCCAAGUUUGAUACCACUCUUUUCCAGUCAAAGGUCGCCAUCGGCCUCACCACCAAGUUUGCCGGCCAAGUUCGCGUCGGCAACUCGGAGACGAGCAACACAGUGACCUCCAACGAGGUUGGCUUCACGCUCGGCGAUGGCGAGCUCGGCGACUACUUCCAGGUCAAGGUCUUUGAGUCGCCCAAGUACGGCACGCCGCUGUUCAAGACCACAGGCGGUGUGUCCAAGUGUCCGCACGAGAUCGGGACGACGCCGCGCGAAGCUGUGGCUUUCAACCUCCUCACCUCGGGCACCGUCAUCAACAUCCCACCGCUUGGUGCAGCCUCCUUUGAGGCGGAAAUAGUAAGCACAUCGCCGACUCAGGAGGCCAUGGUCAUGAACUUGCGACCGGACUUGGUGACCAACCCGGACGGCCUGGUCGUCAAGCUCAACGGUGCCCCAUUCAUCGAGCCGGUCGAGAUCGCCGCCGGCUACAACUCGCCCACCAAGGUGACGUUUACGGCUUCACGUGGGCCGUCCGCCUACAUCUAUGACAACGUCGCCAUCAAGGCUGUCUCGCUUUGCGAAGACGAGCAGUACUACACCAUGGGUACCCUCUCGCGCUCAGCGCCCAUCGAAGGCGCGAUCGCGCUCUCGGCCCGUUUCUUGCAGCCGUGCGCCGGACUCUCCUGGGCCGGCGAUCUUCAGCGGCAGGGCAAGUUCCUCAUCAACACCGCCUCGCUUGAAACCGCCUUUCCUAACAAGAUCCGCGGCCUGGUGUACAACCCCGAGUACUAUCUGCAGGCCUGGAGCGAGCAUCCGCGGCUGGCGAGCGUCCAGCUGGAAUGGCGCCGGCGCGGGACUGCCACCUGGGAGCGUGCGCGCGAUGCAUCGCUAGACGUCAUCGAUCUCGUCGCCGAGGAAGACAUGUUUGGCUUUGGCCUCUUUGAGUGGGACGUCGCCAACUUUCUCGACGGCUUCUACGAGCUGCGUGCAGUGGCGCAGUGCGUGCCGACCGGGCGCGACGAUCUCGACGCAACGUACGCCACCGUGCUCUCGGGCGUCAUCGAUCGUGUCCCGCCAGCCCAACUGGGCGAGGCAGAGCCUGCUGAUGGCGUCUACUUUCCGGGCGAUGCCAUCAGCAUUGCCUUUACCGAGGACAUCGACUGCGAGGCGCCGACGAGGUUCCUGUACUCGGUCAUGGUCGAUCGGGUCCCGCGGCCGGCCUCCACCCUCAAGGUGCGGUGCGAGGGCAACACCAUCAGCUUUGGCAUCGACAACACCCUCCCGCUCAGCUCGCUCGCUGGCGCCGAGGUCAUCAUCGCCCUCUCCAACGUCUACGAUCUUGCCGACAACGUAGCGCCCGAGGUCUUUGAGUGGGUCUUCAGUGUCUACCCGGUCCAGGUCAAAGACACCUCGGUCCGGCUUGACGGCCUCGUCUUUGGCUCGCCGUACGGCUCACUCUCGCCCAGCCCCCAGGCCUGGGCCGGUGCGCUCAUUGCCGACCUCGAGAUCGCCAUGGAGCUCACGCUCGGCCCGUCCGCUUCUGGCCCGCAGCCGGCCUCUUCCGCAGACGUCCGCGUCUCGGCCGGCAUUGCCGACCGCAUGCGCGUCUCGUUCAUCGGGCCCAACCCGGCCAAUGCGGGAAGUACCAUCGUCUCGCUCUUUGUCACGGCCGGCAACAACCCGCCGGCCGACGACCUCGCCUCGGCGGUUCGUGCGAUCGUGAGCUCGGGCGUCGAGGCGGUGACUGCACGGGCUGCGCGGGGUCUGCGCGCCAGCCGCCGCGCGCAUGACCUCUUCGCCAUGACACUGCAAGAUCGCAAGGCCAGCGAAAGUAUUGCGAUUCGCGCGAUUGCUUUGCCUACGCUCGCCACGCUUGUCGCCUCCAACUCGACGGUCGAUGCUGUGUUUGUGCCAUCCCAGUCGGACGAGGUGACCAACGCUGUGGCCAAGUCCAAGCAUCUUGCCCAGGUCGCUGCUGGCGACAACAUCAACAGCGACGGUGAGAUGCGCAAGACGACCAACGAAGCCGUCAUCGGCUCGUCGCCGUCGUCACCGAGUGCAUCGGAUGAGCACUUUUCGCUCCUCCAGUUUGCUCUCAUCAACGGCUCGAUGCUGGUGGUCUCGGUUGCUGUCAUCAUUGUCUCGAUGUGGUGGUUCAACCGCGCUCUGGCUCGGCACGUGACCAAGGGCGAGCAUCGCCCGAGGAGCAAGAAGAGUAUGCACAACAGUGUGUCGAACAAGGCGCGGAGCUCGUCGUCAGCCAGCGAAUCCAGCUCCGGAUCCGGCGUGCCGAUGCGGCGGAGGUGGUCGGCCCGGACCGACUCGUCGUACACCUACGAUGGAAGCAUCGCCAGCAUCACCACCGCCACCGCCAGCGAGUAUGCGUAGGGGGGGGGACUGGCCAACCAGUGAUUGUGGUGGGGAAAAGGCACGCUAUUUACGCCGUGCAGAUAGGUAAAGAGGGGAUGCGCCCC